UAAAUUUCAGUAUAAAAACUGAGAGCUAGGCGCCACACACAAAUACACACUCACUCACUUUCUCUCUUCUUUCUUGUUUCUCACUCACUCACUCACUGCCAAAUGGUGUUGUUUUGCUUUUGCCCCGUGAAUGUGAAUGUGAUCCACCAAUCUUUCUUCUCCAUUAAUUCACUUCCACAUUUUCCACGCCACAAUUUCACCUUUCAAUCUUCACAUUCCCUCAGUUUACCAUGGUGGAAAGACUCACCAAGAACCAAGAUACACUCUUCACUUACAGAUUUUUCAGUAGAUGUAGCUGUAGAGGAAAAAAAGCUACCAAAAGGAGAAACAUGGUCAGUUCACAAAUUUGGUGGAACAUGUGUGGGAAGUUCAGCAAGAAUAAAUAAUGUUGCAGAUGUAAUAAUCAAUGAUGAUUCUGAGAGAAAAUUGGUAGUGGUUUCUGCUAUGUCAAAAGUAACAGAUAUGAUGUAUGAUCUCAUCCACAAGGCUGAAGCUCAGGAUAAGUCUUAUAUAUCUGCACUUGAUGCUGUUGAAGAGAAGCAUAGCUUAACUGCAAGUGAAUUAUUUGAUGGAGAUGAUCUUGCUACUUUCUUGUCAAAUUUGCAUCAAGAUGUUGGAAAUUUAAAGGCAAUGCUUCAAGCUAUUGAUAUAGCUGGUCAUGCUACAGAAUCCUUUACUGACUUAGUUGUGGGACAUGGGGAGCUGUGGUCUGCACAAAUAUUGUCUUAUGUUGUUAAGAAGAAAGGGACUCCCUGCAAAUGGAUGGAUACAAGGGAAGUCCUCAUUGUAAAUCCUACUCAUGCUGAUCAAGUUGAUCCUGAUUACUUGGAAACUGAACAAAGACUUAAUAAAUGGUACUCUCUUAAUCCAUCUAAGGUAAUCAUUGCUACUGGAUUUAUAGCAAGCACACCUCAAAACAUUCCCACUACUCUCAAGAGAGAUGGAAGUGACUUCUCCGCAGCAAUUAUGGGCGCGAUAUUCAGGGCACGUCAAGUCACCAUUUGGACCGAUGUUGAUGGUGUAUAUAGUGCAGAUCCUAGAAAAGUUAGUGAUGCCGUGAUUUUGAAGACGCUAUCUUAUCAAGAGGCAUGGGAGAUGUCUUAUUUUGGUGCAAAUGUCUUACAUCCACGCACAAUUAGUCCGGUUAUUCGAUAUGGCAUACCAAUUAUAAUAAGGAAUAUUUUCAACACCUCUGCUUCUGGAACUAAGAUCUGCCAUCCCUCUAUUAUUGAAAAUGAAGAUAAGAAGAUAUUAAAAGAUUAUGUCAAAGGCUUUACAACGAUAGACAACUUGGCACUUGUAAAUGUAGAAGGAACUGGAAUGGCUGGUGUUCCAGGUACCGCCAGUACUAUUUUUAGCGCAGUAAAAGAGGUUGGAGCCAAUGUUAUUAUGAUAUCUCAGGCUAGUAGUGAGCAUUCUGUAUGUUUUGCUGUGCCUGAGAAAGAAGUAAAAGCUGUAGCUGAGGUGUUGGAAUCUAUAUUUGACAGCGCUUUGUUUGCUGGGCGUAUUUCUCAGGUUGCAGUCAUUUCAAAUUGCAGUAUUUUGGCAGCUGUUGGCCAGAAAAUGGCAAGUACUCCAGGAGUUAGCGCCACCCUUUUCAAUGCAUUGGCUCAGGCCAACAUAAAUAUCCUUGCUAUAGCACAAGGUUGCUCUGAGUACAAUGUUACUGUUGUUCUUAAGCGAGAGGAUUCUAUAAAGGCUCUGCGGGCUGUCCAUUCCAGAUUUUAUAACUCACAAACCACAAUGGCAAUGGGCAUAAUUGGACCUGGAUUAAUUGGGAGCACACUACUUGAUCAGCUAAGGGAUCAGGCAGCAACUUUGAAAGAAGAAUCAAACAUUGAUUUGCGUGUAAUGGGGAUCAUGGGUUCAAAGUCGAUGCUCCUUGAUGAUUUGGGAAUCGACUUAGUAAAGUGGAGAGAAAUUCGAGAGGAAAAAGGUGAAGUGGCUGAUUUGGAAAAAUUUGUUCAACAUGUACACGGAAAUCAUGUUAUACCAAACACGGUUUUAGUAGACUGCACAGCUGACUCCGUCAUAGCAAGCCAUUAUGAUGACUGGCUGCGCAAGGGAAUACAUGUAAUCACCCCCAAUAAAAAGGCAAAUUCAGGACCACUUAGUGAGUAUUUGAGGUUAAGAGCUCUUCAAAGGCAAUCAUACACACAUUACUUCUAUGAAGCUACUGUUGGAGCUGGUCUUCCCAUUAUUGGCACUUUACGAGGCCUUCUCGAAACUGGCGACAAAAUAUUGCAAAUUGAAGGCAUCUUCAGUGGGACUUUGAGUUACAUCUUUAAUAACUUCAAGGAUGGGCAAGUUUUUAGUGAGGUAGUUGCUGAAGCAAAGGAAGCAGGUUAUACUGAACCAGAUCCAAGAGAUGAUCUGUCUGGAACUGAUGUUGCAAGAAAGGUGAUAAUUCUUGCAAGGGAAUCUGGCCUAAAGCUAGAGCUUUCUGAUAUUCCGGUUGAAAAUCUUGUGCCGGAACCAUUAAGAGUUAGUGCAUCAACUCAAGAGUUUAUGCAGAAAUUACCAAAAUUUGACCAGGAGUUUUCAAAGAAACAAGAAGAUGCCGACACUGCAGGAGAAGUAUUGAGAUACGUGGGAGUGGUAGACGCGACCAAUCAAAAGGGAAUGGUCGAGCUACGAAGAUACAAGAAGGAUCAUCCAUUUGCACAAUUAUCUGGCUCAGAUAACAUCAUUGCAUUUACAACAAGAAGAUAUAGAUACCAGCCUCUGAUAGUUCGUGGACCAGGAGCUGGUGCACAAGUCACAGCUGGUGGAAUAUUCAGCGACAUUUUGCGACUUGCCUCAUAUCUUGGUGCUCCAUCUUAGAUACUGUCUUUUUGCUAGCAUAAAUUCUGUAGCAUAUAAUUUGAUCCCUUUCUUCUUAGUGUAACAUUAGUUCUGGUGUAUGUGUAUGAAUAUAAAAUAAAAAUUAGACUUUCAUUAUAAGCAUUGCAGAUUAACUUCAA